AGUGAACCUGUUUGGCCGACCGAUUGGAGAGCCUACACAUGUCUAUUCGGCGGCUUCUUGCUAAUGUUCAAUUCUUGGGGUCUUGUCAACACUUAUGGAACGUACUCUUCGUUCUACAUGCAACACCUCCUACCGGGACGAGACAUCCUACUCCUCAAUUUGGUCGGAUCAACGCAAUCAUUCGUCGUGCUCAUCCUCUCCGCCGUGGUGGGACGCUUCCUCGAUGCCGGAUACUCCAGGACGCUGAUGAUUGUCGGCACUAUCUUCGUCAGCAUCGGCUCUUUCGUUCUUUCCGCUGUCAACGGGAAUGCCGAAUAUAACGACGGCAACUAUCCUCUUAUUUGGCUCACACAAGGCUUCUUGACCGGCUUGGGCAUGGCUUGCUUCUUCGUCAGCUCCUCUCAAGUCGUCGCAACAUGGUUCAAAGCCAAGAAAGGUUUCGCCAUCGGCGUCGUCGCAUCAGGAGCCAGCAUCGCCGGUCUCCUCUACCCCAUGAUGACAAAAUUCCUCAUCCAAAAGCAAGGCUUCAACAUGGCAACCCGCUACGUAGCCGUUGUCGUCCUCCUCACCUCCGCUCUCGCAGUCAUCAUCGCUCGUCCGAACCCGGCACACCAAAUCCGCAAACCCGACACUUGGUUCAAAGUCAGCAUCUUCUGGGAUACCUACGCCUUCCACAACCACGCGUACUCCUUCCUCGUCGCCGCCAUCGCAUUCCUCUUCUUCGGCUUCUACGCAGUCUUCUUCAACCUCGAGGAAUGGGCAGUGGAAGAAGGCUUCGGAUACCGUAAAGCCAUCAACACUGGUGUCAAUGCCGGUAUCAACGCCAGACCACCACGCAACUCGAUCGAGACCUUCUGGCUUCUUUCCAUCAUGAACGCUACCUCCACGAUCGGCCGUCUUGGCUCCGCUUACCUCUGCGACCACUUUGGCGCAUUGAACGUCCACGCCAUAGUGACAGCCGUCGCAUCCAUCCUCGUCCUCGCGCUCUGGUCUCUGGCCAGCACCCUCCCCUCCGCCAUCGCAUUCGUCGUUAUCUUCGGCGCUUUCUCCGGCGCGGUGAUUGGUCUGCCACCCGCUUCAGUCGCAUACAUUCUCGGUCCGACACCCGAAGCGCAGGCAAAACUCGGACAGUGGACGGGCAUGAUGUACUCGUGCGCGGCGAUCUUCGCUUUGACAGGACCUGUCAUCGCAGGCCAUCUCAUCACUGAAUAUUCGACUUUCCUGACGGUACAGCUCUGGAGCGGAGCGUGCAUGAUGAUGAGUGCGGCGUGUAUGGCCGGCGCGAUCUGG